CUAACCCCACCCCCCUCCACCACCACCAACACCCCCACUCCGGUGCCAACAUCACCACAUGCGCGCCGAACAUAGGGACGUGUUGCCGCUUGCUUGCACCUGCUUAUUUGGUGGCGUGUGUCGCAGGUGUAGCAGUCACCGGCACGGAGAGUGGAGCAACGUGUACAUUACCCUGCGCGUAUUGCGCGUGCGUGCGUGUGUGUGAGAUUCAUGUCUGGAAAACGCGCAGUAUUAAAGAUACCCUGCCAUCUGCUCGGAUGACUCGAAUGUGUACGGGAUUACAACAGCAGCAGCAGCAGCAAGGCUUGCAAGGAUAGCUCGCCCUGUUCCCCGAGGAUGAGGAGGAGCAGCAGCGUGCAUGCAUCCCUCUGCAGGGUGUGCAGCCGUGACCUGCAGCUAUGUAAUGUGUGGCGAGGUGGGAGACGUGGCGGAUGGCGGUACCAGCGCUGAGCACAUUAACAUUGGGGCACACCACGGCAAGCACGGCAAAUCACGACACCGCCUACCACGCGGCACCCAGCUCUCUGCUCGCCCGCUCAUGCCAGGUCCUGCAACAUCGCCGCGAGAAGCAACAAGACUGGCAAGCCAGGACGAGUGUCGUGAAGCAUGCCAACUCGAGCCUCUCUCCUGCCACGCUGUCUCAAGGCAGCUCAUGCCCCUGACGCUUGCCCGGCACCUGCACACGCACACCCGGAGACGCACGCGGCGCUGACGAUCGCGGAGAAGCGGAACCUUUAGAUCGCACGGCCAGGGCGGACGAUCACCCCCGUGCCGGACCUGGUGCAUGCGGGUUGCGUGACUCUGCGCGACCCGCGGCCGCUCGACGAUGGGCCACGGCUGGGGCUACUAUGGCCCGGGUUACGGCGCGUACCUGCGCUCCGCCGUGCCGCCCUGCUUGCUUCUCCACGCCUGCUGCUGCGUGCUCGCCGCAGUGUGCUCGUGCAGCCGCUCCGCCUCGGCCGGCGUGCCGUUCUGCCCCAAGGCGUGCCGGUGCUCGGCCGAGCCAUUGGGGGAGCUCGCCGUGCGCUGCAGCGGCGCGCGCCUCACCGAGGUGCCCCGCGACCUGCCCUCCGACGUCACGCGCCUCGCCCUGGACGCGAACCACAUCACGUGCGUGCGGCCUGGCGCCUUCAGGGGCAUGCGGCGGCUCAAGGAGCUCAACCUGAGUGGGAAUCUGUUCGAGACACUACCCGCCGGAGUCUUCGCUGGCCUGGAGGACACGCUGAAGAUGAUCGACAUCUCCGACAACAGGCUCACCACCCUGCGCCCAGAAAUCUUCCAGGGCAUGAUGAGCGUGCGCGUGAGGCUCUCCCGGAACCCAUGGCACUGCGACUGCGCCCUGCAGCAGGCCCUCUCGGGCGUCAUGGACGCAGACCCGGUGGGCGAGGCCCUGUGUCGCACGGCGCUCGUGCCCGAGCUGGCGGGGAAGACCCUCAGCCGGGCCCUGCCCGCGUUGUGCGGGGGCUCGGCGGUCGCCGGCGGGCGACGGCGCCGGACCACGGACGUGGCCAUGCUGCUCACGAUGGCCGCAUGGUUCGCCAUGGUCAUCGUCUACGUCGUCGUGUACGUGCGGCGCAACCAGGCCGAGACGCGGCGCCAUCUCGAGUACCUCAAGUCCCUGCCGAGCUGCCAGCCAGGGCAGGCCGACAGCGAGGAGGCGGACACUGUGAGCAGCGGACUCUGAGUCGCGCUGGGUGCCAGUGUGGAGCCUGAGCUCAUGCUGUGGCGGCUCUGCAGACUAUUGGUAGAUCGCACAGGCCACGGUUGGGCAUGGGGCGCCCACCUUGAUUGGCAGCAGGUGGCUGACCAAUCCGUAUACAUAGAUUCGUGAGUGUUAUUCAACUGUGCGAUUGUUUUUUUUUUGUUUCUGUGCAGGCGCUACAUUUUGGUCUCGCGCUAAAAUACUCGCCGACGGAUUGGUCGAAUGGCCCAAGCGAAAUGCUCGUGAGAAUACAUCUUGAGACUCAGUGGAGGCUUUGCACAGUAACUGAAGGACCGUUAUAUUAUCGUAAUGGUACAUCCGUUACAAUGGAUGAAUAGAGUCGGUCGGCAUAUGGGAUGGACCGAGACCUUUAAAAAAGGAGUGUGGCCUUUAGCUUGGUGAGCAAUGGAUAUAGUUAUAUUAUUUGAAUAUUUUGUGGUGAAAAUAAAAACGGAAGCAGUGAGGUUAGGCUUCACUUGUGUUUUUCUCACUUUCAUGUCUUAAAUUACCUAAACCAAGACGAUAGUUACAUUUAGGAGGAAGGGGAUAAUAUGUGCACAACAUUGAGGUCGCAGUUCACAAAGUCACGUUUCCUUCUACAGGAGACGAGGGCUGCAUUAGUCGGUAAGGACUUGUCCCUUGCUUUUUAUUCGACGCGUGUCCGGCGAUGGCACAGCCAUCGAUCGAGGGUCGAAUUCGAACCGCGUUGUGUGAUCGGCAUCGCGCUCGCUGAAGGUGUUGAUGCCUU